AUCGCGGCAAGCUUGGCCCUAUUCCUCGCAACCACCGACACCGUCAACGCACACGGACAAAUGGCCAAGCCCACCCCACGACCCAUCUCGCAGCAGUACAGAGACGACUGUGGAGCUCUCAGCGGCGCAGGAGACCAAGAGCUGCAGUACGCACCUGUCGAACUGCUCAGCAGCAGAGCGCAGGCCGACCGACCCGCCGCAGCCACCUUCAACAUCAUGAACGGAUGCAGAGGAACUGUCUACGAGGCCAACAACACUGUCACGACGCUCACGACCGGCACGCCUUUCGACGUCGCGUGGGUCAUCCAGGCGCCGCACCCAGGCACCAUGGUACUCAGCGUCGUCAAGCCCAGCACCGACAGCACCGGCACCAUCACGUACGUGUCGGUAGCGGAGUUGCUGACCGUCGACCCGUUCGCCGAGAGCUCGAGCGAGAGCACCAGCACGACGGCCAUGAUCCCCUCGAGCGUGACGGGGUGCGGGUCAGCCGGCGUCUGCGCGCUGCAGUUCUACUGGCACUCGGACCUGGCGAACCAGACGUACCCGACAUGCGCCGACAUUGUGGUGACGGGUAGCGGUGAGUCGGGCGAGCAGACUUCGACUUCUACGAAGGCCCCAGACGCAACAGCAGCG